GGGGGGGAGGAGGCCAGGGCGGUCGGGCCCCUCCCACUCCGCUUUUUCUCGCGUGUCCUGUCGCCGGCACUGGCAGUGGGCGCCCGGUUACUAGCAAGUGUGCGCGCAGGGACCAACGGAGACGGAUCGCAGCAAGCCGAGGGCGCAACAGCGACCUCCAGGACCGACCCGCCCGCGCCAUGCGCUCGCUCGCUGGCCUGAGCGCGCUUCUGGCGCCAGGCUGUCCGCUCCUGCUUCUGUGCCUUCUGGCGGCGACGCGCCCGGAUCGGGCACAAGGCGAUCCCGCAGAUUCAUCUUUUACAAGUCUACCUGUUCGAGAAGAAAUGAUGGCAAAGUACUCAAACCUUUCCUUGGAGAGCCAUAAUAUAUCAUGGACAGAACAGUCCAGCGCCCCAGUAGAAAAAAACAUUACUUUGGAAAGGCCUUCUGACCUGGAACUCAUAUGCCAGUUCACGACAUCUGGGGAUUUAAAUUCAGUGAAUGUGACUUGGAAAAAAGAUGAUGAGUUUCUUGAGAAUUUUGAUGUUUUCAACACAACUAAAGUGGGAAACACCUUGUACAGUCAGUACAGGUUCAUCAUUUUUAAUAGCAAACAAAUGGGAAAUUAUUCUUGUUUCUUGAAUGGAAAAGAGGAGCUCAGAGGAACAUUUAAUAUCAGAGUACCCAGCGUUCAUGGAAAAAACAAGCCAUUGAUCACUUACGUGGGGGAUUCUACUGUCCUGAAGUGUGAAUGUCAAGAUGGUCUUCCUUUAAAUUGGACUUGGUACACGAGUAAUGGAAGUGUACAGGUUCCUAUUGAUGUUUACAAGGAUGAUAAGUAUGUUAUAAAUGGAUCCUAUGCUAAUGAAACACGACUCAAGGUAAAGCAUCUCUUGGAGAAAGAUGGAGGCUCCUACUGGUGCCGCGCGGUCUUCCAGUUAGGUGAGAGUGAAGAGCGCAUUGAGCUGGUGGUGCUCAGCUUCAUGGUGCCCCUCAAGCCGUUUCUCGCCAUCAUUGCUGAAGUUAUUCUCUUAGUGGCUAUCAUUCUGCUUUGUGAAGUGUACACACAGAAGAAAAAGAAUGACCCAGAUGAUGGGAAAGAAUUUGAACAAAUUGAACAGCUGAAAUCGGAUGAUAGCAAUGGUAUAGAAAACAAUGCCCCCAGGCUCAGAAAAAAUGAGUCUGUGGAACAGUGAAUAAAACAGAACAUUUCGCCUUGAGAAGAUGUACAAAGAGUUUGUAUUUCUGCUUCCUUUCAAGAACGUGUGAAUUUUAGAUUUUUAAAAGACAAAAAUUUCCUGCACACGCACAAUAGAACGGUAGCUUUUUAAACCAUAUAGGCCCUCUCCUACCUAAAGAUGUAUUUUCCUUUUGUAAUUGCUUUUCAUUAAAGCGAAGUAAAUUGUU